CUGGAAAAACUGGUCACUAGAUGACAUUGCGGCUUUGAGAAAUUUCGUUGUUGUUUCGUUUAUAUUAAAAUAAAAUCUGUCAAUUCGUCAUAGAACAAAAUGCCAGCUGAAAAUCUGGAAGAGCAGGGCCUGGAGAAGAACCCCAACUUGGAGCUAGCACAGACAAAAUUCCUACUCACGCUACCCGAAUACAAACAGGAUGCAGUACUUAAGGGAAAACUGCUGGAUGCUAUCAAGGCUGAUAACAUGGCUCCCUGGUACGAGCACGUCUGCACGGAGUUCAAUUGGCCCAUUGACAAAGACCUGCUGGCCCGCAUGAAGGAGAACAAUCGUUUGGAAAUCCUGCAGCUCGACGCAGCCAUUGAGGAUGCUGAAAAGAAUCUUGGUGAGAUGGAGGUGCGUGAGGCGAACCUAAAGAAAUCGGAAUAUCUGUGCCGCAUUGGCGACAAAUCGGCAGCCGAAACGGCCUUCCGCAAGACAUACGAGAAGACAGUAUCGUUGGGUCAUCGCCUGGACAUUGUUUUCCACUUGAUCCGCAUGGGUCUCUUCUACCUGGACCACGAUCUAAUCACACGCAAUAUUGACAAGGCAAAGUAUUUGAUCGAAGAAGGCGGCGACUGGGAUCGUCGCAAUCGGCUCAAGGUCUAUCAGGGUGUUUAUUCGGUGGCUGUGCGUGAUUUCAAGGCGGCAGCUACAUUCUUCCUGGACACUGUAAGCACCUUUACCUCAUAUGAGUUGAUGGACUAUCCCACAUUUGUACGCUACACGGUCUACGUGAGCAUGAUUGCUUUGCCCCGCAAUGAGCUACGCGACAAGGUGAUCAAGGGUUCAGAAAUUCAAGAGGUUCUGCAUGGUUUGCCCGAUGUGAAGCAGUUCCUCUUCUCCCUUUACAAUUGCCAAUAUGAGAAUUUCUAUGUCCAUCUGGCCGGAGUGGAGAAAGAGCUGCGCUGUGACUAUCUCAUCCAUCCCCACUAUCGUUACUAUGUCCGGGAAAUGCGCAUUCUGGGCUACACUCAGCUCCUCGAAUCCUAUCGUUCGCUUACCCUUCAAUAUAUGGCCGAAUCCUUUGGUGUCACCGUCGAUUAUAUCGAUCAGGAAUUGGCCCGUUUCAUUGCCGCUGGACGACUGCAUGCCAAGGUGGAUCGUGUUGGUGGAAUUGUGGAGACAAAUCGUCCGGAUAACAAGAACUGGCAAUACCAAGCAACCAUCAAGCAGGGAGAUCUUCUGCUCAAUCGCAUACAGAAAUUGAGUCGCGUCAUUAAUAUUUAAAUAUAAGCCAGGUUAAAUUGUAAACAAGAAAUUUAUUUAAAAAGGAUUUCAACUCUUAUUAUAUACACUCGUACACACAAUAUACACAACCCUAACAGUAGGUAUAUAUGUAAAAAAAUAAAGAAAAUAUAAAGAGAGAGAGAAACAGAGGAAAAACAAUUGGAAAAUUCAUUGUCAUUGUCUUGCUGGAAAAAAUUCGCUAAAUAAACUGUAUGUUGUUUACAACUAAA